AUGGCCUCAAGCAGUCGAGUAAUGGAAGAGUUAGAGAAUAGAUGGGAUACAAUCUGUUUAGAAGAAGAGGAAGAGAGCGAAGAGAUACUGGAAGAUGAGGAAGAUGGCAACCCUGUGUUUGAUGGAAGAUGGAGCCUUGUAGGGAAAUUGUUAACAGGCAGAAUAUCCGAUUAUAAGGUAUUUCAAAAUAUGAUCGCAGACCUAUGGAAGCCAGGCAAAGGUAUGACUGUAAAGAUUUUAGAGCAGAACCGAUUCUUGUUUCAGUUCUAUCAUGAGAUUGACAUUCAACGUGUUAUCAAUGGUAGUCCAUGGACAUUUGAUCGAAAGCAUUUGAUCUUGAAGAGACUGAAGGCAGGGGACAACCCAAAAAUGGUGGAAUUGGAUACGAUUGACAUGUGGGUUCAGAUCCAUGACUUACAAUCUGGAUUCAAAACAGAGCAAGCAGUUCAAAAAGCCGGGAAUUACAUUGGCACAUUUCUCAGUUCGGAUCCUAAUAAUUUUCAUGGUAUUUGGCGUGAUUACCUUCGGGUACGGGUCUCUAUUUCGUUACAUAAACCUCUGAAGAGGAGGAUGAAGUUCCGGAAACGUGAUGGUGAAACUUUUUGGGCCAAUUUUAAAUAUGAGAAAGUCCCCACAUUCUGCUUUAUAUGUGGUAUCAUGGGACACCCUGAGACAUUUUGUCCCAAGCUAUACGAUACCCCUGUAGCUAAUCUCACAAAGCCAUACGGCCUCUUUAUGAAAGCUCCACCACGAAGAAACAACUUUCUCACUGCUUCUCCAUGGCUCCGGCAACAUGAAGCACCCCCGAUGGAUACCGGCGUCAAGAGUCCUGAUGAAGAUACCGAAUUUAAUGCUCCCCAUGAUACUCGGCCUGAUGAUAGGGAGGAUAAUCUUCCAAGGAAUAAUUAUGGAAACUUGCAUGGAUAUGGAAAGGAAAUUGCCUAUGAUUUGGGAGCUGCUCAUGUACAGCCGAAUAUGGCUUUAAAUGAGCCAAUUGUCUUGGUCAAAGAGAAUCAAGCUUUAUUCUCUUCUGAUAUGGAAUUGACGAUAUCUGAGCUUAAAAGGAGACGCCCACCAAACAUUAUGAGCACCUUGAGUUGGAACUGCCGUGGGCUUGGGAACCCACGGGCCAUUCAGUUCCUGGAGGAUAUUUGUUUCCAAAAGAAGCCCAAAUUUCUUUUCUUAUGUGAGACCCUUUGUAACAAAGAAUUGGUGAAUCGGGUGCGAGUUAGACUCGGUUUUGAAGGAGCCUUUUCAGUCGAUGCUGUUGGAAGAAAGGGAGGCCUUGCUCUGUUCUGGAAAUCGAAUGAUGAAGCCAAGUUCUUGGGUUUUUCUCAACAUCAUAUCGAUUUGGAGGUUAGUGUUCAAGGUAUGGGAGUUUGGAGGUUAACUGGACUAUAUGGCGAACCAAACAGACAAUUACGACAUCAAACUUGGCAACUUCUUCGAAGCCUCUCUCUCGAGUCAACACUUCCAUGGUGUGUAAUUGGUGAUUUUAAUAACAUAGCCAGCAAUGAAGAGAAGAAAGGAGGACGUCCGUAUCCCACUGCUUUAAUCUCUGGCUUUCAAUCGGCCCUUGACGAUUGUCAUCUUAUCGACUUGGAGCUUCGUGGCUAUCCUUUUACUUGGCAACGUGGAAAAGGAACGGACCAAUGCAUUGAAAUUCGUCUAGAUAAAGCCGCUGUUACUCAUGAAUGGUUAGUCAUUUUUAAUCACUCUACACUCACCAAUAUUGACUACACUUGCUCUGAUCAUACACCUAUAUUUUUACAACCUGAAAUGCUGUCUACUGCUGCCACAUUCCACUGCUUUCGGUAUGAAAAUGUAUGGUCCCGUGAACCAUUGUGUUCCCAGCUGGUUGAAGAUUGUUGGUCUAAUUUGCACGGGUUACCUCUGUCUAGUAAAAUAGCUCAAUGUUCAAUUCGGUUGGAGGAAUGGGGAAAGGAAAACUCAGGGAAUUUCAAGAACCGUAUCGCCCAAAGCAAGAGGCGUAUGACCAGAAUGAAGAGCCAGUCGAGUUCGUUUCUGCAUACCGAAUUCGAAAGUGAACAAAAUAAUUAUUUUGAACUAUUGGCUCAACAGGAGAUUUAUUGGAAGCAGAGAUCGAAACAGUUUUGGCUCCAUAAUGGUGACAAGAAUACCAAGUACUUCCAUGCCUCUGCAAGUGCCAGGAAGAGAAACAAUCAGAUUCGUCAACUGCAAAACAAUGCUGGGGAGUGGACAGAUUGGACAACUGGCCUUGAUCAGGUAAUUGUUCAAUAUUUUAAUGAUCUGUAUACAGCUGGUUAUUCGUCAAAUGAUGGAGUUAUUAGAGAGGUUAACUGCACUGUUAGUUCUAUCCAAAAUGAAGAACUCUUGAAACCAGUUUCUUGCGAGGAGGUGAGACUUGCCUUGUUUCAGAUGCACCCUGAUAAAGCUCCAGGGCCAGAUGGAAUGGGUCCGGGAUUCUUUCAACAUCACUGGAAUACUGUUGGGAUAGAUGUGGUAAAUCUUGUUCAGGAUUUCUUUCAUUCAGGCUCCUUCCCAAAAGAGUUGAAUGAAACUAAUCUUGUUUUAAUUCCCAAAAAGAAGAAUGUUGCUACAAUGGGAGAUUUAAGGCCUAUUGCUCUUUGUAAUGUUGCCUAUAAAGUGAUCUCUAAAGUUCUUGCAAAUCGGAUGAGAGAUAUCAUUGAUCUUAUAAUCUCAGACACUCAAAGUGCGUUCAUCCCUGGACGCCUUAUCUCAGAUAAUAUCAUGGUGGCUUUUGAAGUCAUGCACUAUCUCAAACGUAAAACAAAAGGCAAGAAAGGCUAUAUGGCUCUUAAACUGGACAUGAGUAAGGCCUAUGACCGGGUUGAAUGGAGUUAUCUUCAGGCUGUGAUGCUUCAAAUGGGUUUUGCUGAAAGAUGGGUCAACUUGAUUAUGUUUUGUGUAUCAUCUGUCAGCUAUUCUGUUUUGCAUAAUGGUCAUCGAAUGGGCCCUAUCCUUCCUUCUCGUGGCAUUCGUCAGGGAGAUCCAUUAUCUACUUACCUCUUUAUUAUUUGUGCUGAAGGCUUCUCUGCUCUCAUCAAGAAAUUCGAAUCCCAGCAGCUUCUUCAAGGUUGUCGUGUGGCUCAUGGGGCACCAUCCAUUACACAUAUGCUCUUCGCUGAUGACAGUUAUCUGUUUUGUCAAGCAACAACUGGUGCAGCUGUGGGGAUUUCUAAUCUCCUCCAAGUCUUUGAGAAUGCGUCAGGUCAGAAAAUAAAUUUCCACAAGUCAACCAUCUUUUUCAGUCCAAACACUAGUGCUGAAACUCGAACUCAAAUUUGCAAUAGACUUGUCAUGCCCGAAGCAUCUGAAGGAAGCUUGUAUCUGGGCCUCCCGAAUAUUGUUGGUCGAAACAAAAAUGCAGUCCUGGGUUUUCUGAAGAAUAAAGUAAUUGCAAGGGUCAAUAGUUGGGAUGGUAAACUCCUUUCUCGAGCUGGUAAAGAAAUACUUCUCAAAACGGUGGUUCAAUCACUCCCAACUUACGCCAUGAGUGUCUUCCUCCUCACCAAAAGUACAUGUCUUGAAAUCGAGAAGGAAAUGGCUCGAUUCUGGUGGAAGACAUCCUCAAGUAAAGGACGAGGCAUAACCUGGAUGUCCUGGGAUCGUAUGUGUGCUUCAAAGUCUGAAGGUGGCUUGGGUUUUCGUAACUUGCAUGACUUCAAUCUUGCAAUGCUUGCUAAGCAAGGUUGGCGGCUUUUGUGCAAACCCGAUUCCCUUGCGGGGAAAAUUUACAAAGCUAGAUAUUACCCUCAUUCGGAUUUCCUUACUGCUGAAUUGGGUAAUAAUCCUAGCUUCGUUUGGCGAAGCAUUUGGAGUUCUCAAGACCUUUUACGCUCUGGCAUUCGAAGAACCAUUGGCACGGGUACAAAUGUUAACAUUCUCCAACAUCCUUGGCUCCCAAAUUUGGCGAAUCCGUAUGUCUCUGUGCAUCAUCCUGGGUUAGUAAAUCAAUUCGUUGACUCGCUCUUCAUAACAGAUUCUAGAACAUGGGACAUUGAUGUUGUUAUGGACAUGUUCUGCGCUUCGGAUGCUGCUGCAAUACUAGGAAUUCCACUUAGCUUAAAUGCUACACGUGACUCCUGGUCUUGGAUGUAUGAGAAUAAUGAAGAUUUCUCUGUGAAAAGCGCCUACGGUCUUCUCCAAAAACAGAAACAAUCCCAGCGUAUUAACACUGAUACUAGUUUCUGGGAUAAGCUUUGGGGGUUGUGUAUACCUCCCAAAGUCAAGAAUUUCUUGUGGCGAGCUGCAACAAACAAUCUCCCCACCUGUGUAAAUCUGGUUUUUCGUCAUGUGGAAGUGCCGACCGUGUGUCCUGUGUGCAAAUCUCAACCCGAAACUACAUCCCAUGCAUUGAUUUUCUGCAAUAUUGCUCUCGCCUGCUGGAGAAAGGUUGGAGUCACCUUUGUUUUUGAUCCAGGAGGCCAUUUCCGCAGCUGGUUACAGCUGAUGUUUACCUCGGCCACUGCAGAACAAAUAGCAACAAUUGCUAUGGUUUGUUGGUCACUUUGGAAAGCCAGGAACAACACCGUUUGGAAAGCAAAAAAUACUUCUGUUUCGAAUAUUGUUGGAUCAGCUACAAUUGCACUUGAUCAAUGGAAGAAAGCUCAAGACAAAAACUCUCUAUCAUCGUUAUGCAUAAAUAACAAAGUUGAUGGAGUUGAGCAUUGGACUAAACCCGAAACUAACACAAUCAAGUUAAACGUUGAUGCAUCGAUUUUUGAAAGAGAAGAACAAUAUGGCUUUGGUAUUGUGGCCCGUGACCACGGUGGCAACUGCUUGGAGGCUCGGGCAGGCUGCUUUGGUGGAAUUUAUUCUGCUGCGGUAGUUGAGGCCUUGGGAAUCAAAGAGGCGCUUAGUUGGAUCAAAACCAAAAAUUGGGUCCAUGUUGUGGUUGAAACGGAUAGUCUUGUCACUGUCCAAGCAAUCCGAAGUUCUCAAAUCAUGGGGUCGACUUUUGGUUUAAUUAUUCAGGACUGUCGUUCUGCUUUAUUAUCUUUGCCCAAUGUUAAUUUAUGUUUUGUCAAACGAUCAGCAAAUCGUGCUGCACAUUAUGUUGCUAGGCAGUCUCGAUUUCAUGCUGGUGGUAGCAUUUCUGAUUUUCCCAUUUCAUCUGAUCUUCAGAACCUUAUGUAUUCAGAAUGCUAAUUUAUUUCAAUGAAGUUGAUAUUUCAUUCAAAAAAAAAA